AUGGAGGAUAUCAAUAAAGACUUUAAAUAUGCGAAGGGUAUAUAUCCUAAGUAGAUUAUUAUUCAACUAAAUAAUAAGAUUGUAUGUAGUAAAAUAAUAAAUGUGAAAAGUGGGGACCUAAUCAUGCCCCACUUCAUUGUAGUUAAACAGAUUAUAAGCAAUACUGAAAUUUUAUAGUUAGAUGGUGGAUGUUAAUAGACACCAGACAUUUGUGAUGCUAUUUUAAUAACCAAAGUUGUAUUUGGCUCAAGGGAAAUGCAAACUAUUAGAAUGUAAUAAAUUGAAAUUGCCAACUUACAAAAAUCAUGAAAAAGGUUAAGAGGCGUGUUCAAAUUGCACAUUUAAUUAAGAUAAUUUUGGUUGUAAAGAUUAUUUUUGUGAAAAUAUUUAAGAAAUUGAGUUUUGCUAAAUUGAUUCAAAAAAAACCGUUUGCUAAAUCAAUUAAGGAUGUAUAGACAAAAAUGCCUUACUGCUCUACCAAAUUAUGAGAGCAAUUCACAUUGUGAAGAGUGGCUGCCAUUGUGCCUAGGUGUAAGAAUUAUCAAAUUCAAAAUUAUCGAUUGGAUGUAUUGAUAAAAAGAGUAAAUGUGAAAUCGCAUAAGAAGAGCAAUGCUAUUCUACGUUUUCAGGAAUGAAGUGUAAAUGGGGUAAAGUAGGUAAAAAUGUGCAUUUAUCAAUUUUGCACAAAAGCUGA